AUGUCCGCCGAGGCGCGCCCCAUCACGGCCGGCGCCUUCGCCGAGGCCAUCCAAGAGCUGGAGCUGGGCUCGCUGCACGCCAAAGCCGCCGAGCUGCGCAACUCCAUCUACCACAUGCAGCGGUCGAACGCGCAGCUGGCGCCGUUCGCGGCCGAAGGCGACCAGGACUGCGCCGACGCCAUCACCGAGAACGACGACGUCAUGCGCCGGUACCGCGCGCGCAUCGAGCUGCUCAAGGAAGAG